AUGAUCAAAGUUGCGCUUCGGGUACCGUUACAUUCCAGGUCGGUAUUGCCCCAGUUUGUCUCCCUCCGCCAUUCGAGAGCCGUCCACCUUAGCCAGAGGCUACGCGACAAAGAGAAAAAGCUCGAAAUUGAUCAUCAAGAGGAGGUCAUAGUUGAUAAGUUUGGCAAAAUUAGAGACGAUUAUAAAGCUCCUAGGUACCCGCUUAUUCUCUGUCAUGGGUUCUCAGGGUUUGACCGAUUGAUUCUCGUUCCUUCCUUUGGCCAGAUCAAGAAUUAUGUAUUGGGGAAAACCUCGCAUUCCUUCAACGAUCGCUUAAACUCGGGACUUUUCUACUUUGAUUACUGGUACGGGAUUAGAGAGGCAUUGGAGGAACAGGGCUCGUCUGUGUUGACAGCCAAGGUCCCACCCUUUGGCACCAUUGCGCAGCGUGCCGCUCGCUUGAACGAGUUCAUCAAUGCCGAAAUGAAGGACUGGCGGAAGGAAGACAAACAAGAGGUGUAUAACGAUGAAACUGAAGCCUCUGAUUCCUUCAAACAUGAGAAGAUCAAGGUCAACUUGGUGGCGCAUUCCAUGGGCGGUUUGGACUGCCGUUACCUCAUUUCCAAGCUCAAACAUGGGAACUACGAGGUGGUCAGUCUCACAACGGUAUCUACCCCACACCGCGGCAGUCCGAUGGCGGACUACUGCAUGGAUUUCAACAAAAAGUUGAAAAACGUGCUCUUCCUCCCCCCGAGCAUUUCGCAGUUAACCACCGCGUAUUUAGAAAAGUUUAAUGAAAAAGUGUUGGACGAUCUAAAUGUCCAGUACUUCAGCUAUGGCUCGCGGUUCACUCCGUCCUGGUACAACGUGUUUGAUAUUCCAUGGGGAAUUAUUAACAAAACGGCAGGAGACAACGAUGGCAUGGUUCCCGUGGCGUCAGCCAAAUGGGGGAAAUACCUCGGGACAUUGGAGAACGUGGACCAUCUUGAUUUGAUUAACUGGACCAAUGGAGCGCGCAGAGCGUGGACAACCAACAUUCUUCACCAGGAGGAAAAGUUCAACCCGGUGGCAUUGUAUCUUGAUAUUGCGGAUAACCUAGCCCGUGAGGGUUUAUAG